GACGUCGAGCACGCUAUUUGACGUCAACGUGGGAGUGUUCCACUAUCGGGAGAAAUGAAUGGUCAUCAACACAAUCCUCUCAGCGCCCAUGUAAGUUGAAGUCAGUAUAAAAAGACAUUUUACGGAGCGGUGUGUGAAUGAACUGUGUUUCCGUGCGCUGUUAUCUGAUUCGUAUCAUGUCUUAGGUUGAUUCAGGUUGUUUAUGCUAUCGUAGCUGCCGCUAAGCGAUGUGCCCUGUCCGCCUAUAGCUAACCAUGGCAGAGGCUGGAACCUUGUUUUUCUAGCUACAGUCUAGCCAGCCUGCUAACUGACAGGCGGAGUAGCACAGGCGGCGAGUAAGCGCCUGUUUUACCACCCGGGAUGAUCUGGGUGGGCGAUGAUGAGCGUGUUUACAUAUCAGUUAUCACGAAAAGCGAUUUUGUUCUUGUGCUACCGAUACAAAUGCAGAGGUUACACUUUAGGGACAACACCCAGGCCGGAUUCAGUGACAUUUUGAGAGCGCUUCUUCCAGCAGGAUAUGCUAAACAAACUGAUCCAGCUAACAGCUUUGACUUUGUCCUCAGUGAAGUUCAGCGCUGGUUGUUAUAGCUAUUGCAAAUAAGAGGGUUAAAGCUAAUGCAAACCUGCACUCAGCGAGCUGUUCAACCAAACACGCCACCAUGAAAUACAAGACUCUGAGGUGUGAUUAAGGAAGCCUAGUGGGAGUUUGUGACAGAUGGCUACCAGAUACCUUCAAUCUGAAUUCAUCCUGUCUGUUUGAGCCUUUCACUCCUUUGAGGGCCUUUUUUUACUGUGGUGAUGACAGUUGGACGGUGCGCCGCUGCAAGGCUGUGAAAUCAAGUUUAAUUAGUGGUUCAUGCCGAUACAGCUAAUUUAAUCAUGAUUGUUUCGUAGGGCUGGGACGAUAUGAUUUUCUCCCGAUUCGAUUCGUCUACGAUUUUUUUGGAUGCCGGUUCAAUUCAAACUGCGAUUCUACGAUAUUCUGAAUUUUCUCGAUUUUUAGUCUGCAUUUUUAACAGUAGUGAAACUGUUGAAUGAUUAUGAUUGUCUACUGACUAUUCCAGGAACCAUAUUUCCCCCAAAAAGUACACACCACAUGUAGGUCGGUUUUUAAGAUUUAAUGUCCUUACACACCGGGGCCGACGGGAAUAUAGAACACGCCAAGCCAAACGGUCAGCACUUAUAGCCAAUCAGAGGCGAUAAGAUAAGCACAAGAAAUUAUGGUAACAACCGUUAGCUUACGUUAGCACAGAUGAAAGUUAAAACAAAGGCGUUUAUCAAACUGUUAAAGCACACAAACCAUUGUCAUAUGAGUGAUCCGACACUAUGACUCUCUACAAGUUGUCCUUCAGGUCGUUAUCUUUGUAAUGUUUGUGUUUUUUAUCAAAAAGCACUCUGUUCUCCGACACGUAAACAUCAGCCGGUCAGCCAUGUUGGAUAUACCAGUGAAUCUGAUGUUGCAACAACACGUAAUCUGAUUGGUCAGAAGUGGACACACAGUAUGUGAAACUUUAGAAAAAUCGACCAUGAUUCGAAAAAAUAAAUGCCGCAAUAUCGCAGGACGGGAAAAUGUUGCUCAUGUGAACGCUUGUAUUAACAGGGUUCGAAAAAAUAUAUAUUGAGGUCCGAAAUAAUUGCACAACAAAAACUGUCCUGGUGUGAAAGGACCUUUUAUUCUUAAAAUAAUAAAAAUCGAUUAAAAAAUUGUAAAACUAAAAAUCCUGAUAGUUACGUGAAUCAGUUUUUUCUCCCACCCUUUUUGUUAAGGGUCCCCUAUUUAUACAAAUGUUAGAUUUUGGUUUGUCAAUAUGUACUUUAUCGCAGCUUGAUUUUAGAUUGUUGCUAGAAGCUUCCAUUGUUGAGUCCAGUUUAUUAACUGUACAUAGAUGAUUGGUGGGUAAGCAAAAUACAGGGGAAAUCUGAUUGUUGAAUUUUUUUGUUCGUUUUAAAACUAGGCUAUCAUCUGUUCUACUCAUUAAAAUUCGUAAUGUGAAUGAGAUGAUUGGCACAUGAGCAGUCUGAUUUAUUAGUCGCUAUAGCAGUGAUGAGAUCUAAUUUGUGGUAAUCAGAUUAAAGUAACCCCCUGUCCCUGAGCCUAGCAGCAUUCACAGCAUGUAGAAAAUAACGAUAGCCUGCUGCUUCUUCAGUUUCAGCUCAGGUGAACCAGAGGGGCGGGUAAUCAAACUUGGGAACAUUUGAUGCCAUCUGUCUGGGCUUACAUAUGUGAACCAUGUUGAAACUGUAAUGAUGCCUUAUCAUAGUCUCAAAGGUGUCGACAGAUAGAGCGCUACAGUGCAAUGUCCUCGCUCCGCACAGCUUCACCGGUGUGCGCUGUGAAGUAAAGCCAACACCCUCCGGUACAAACACGGUUGCUAAACUGCUAGCCACGAGAGAAGCAGACAACCCAUCAGAUAGGAGGCAACGAUGUAUGAACACCUUUUGUACAUCCACGGUUGGCACAUUUUCUUAACAGAACCAUCGCCUUCGUUGACGUUUUAUGAAUUAAUACCCACGGUGGAGUUUGUUAAACGCCUGGCCUACGAUGGUUGGUUAGCCUCCUGCUAGUCGAGCCUCUGCUUAUCUUAAGCUAACGUUAAACCGGUGGGUUAUCUGUAGACUUUGCUCUAACUUAUAAACAACAACCUUGGAGAUGUGUUUAUUUUUGUAACCGAUAACUUCACACGUUUCAAUUUCGAAGUAUUAUCUGAAGUAGUAACAAUAGAAAACAUAGUUACACAACGUAAAAUGAAACGGCCACAUGUAACAACACUGAAUGCACCUGUUACCCAAUGAGUAAAUGAAGUAUUACACCUAAAAUGCGUAUUUGGAGUUCAACCCUCAAAUGUAAGUGAGUGUUUUUGGGCCGUUUGUUCCACGUUGUAGUUUAAUGUAAAUGAAAAUGUGAAUGAUUACAGUGGUAGAUGACUGAAGACUAUGUGAUGAUCUCAUCGAAUGACUGCACCGGUCUAUUCAUGCAGAUAACAAUUAUAUACACUCAUGUGCUGUUUAUACAUCUGUUCUUAAGUGAUUGUCAUUCUGAACAUUUUUACAAAGAGAGGAAUAGUUUAUGUCCUGCAGAUACCCUGAAGGGAGCUUUUUGGCACGUUAAUUAACAUUACACAGUAAUUAAUUUAAAAGCCCGUGGAGGCCUGUGCUCCACCAAAUUAAAACACAUGCUUUCAUUUUCCUCUCUCUUUAAUGAAGCCACACUCUUCAAUGGUCUUUUCCUUUUAUUUCCAUCGUCUUCAUUUCAGGUACAGUCUGAGUACGCAUACUGGUUCUGUUUCUGUCCAGCUUUAUCCCCACUUACUCUGAAGUCAUGCAAAAAGAGCCAACUAUAACAUCACAAGAUAAAGCCCCCCCCCCCCCCAGUGUUUUGAGCCAGACUUUGUUUCCCACCGACUGCAAAGACAUUUAGAGCAUGAAAGAGAAAACAUGAAACCUCUCUGAUCUAAAACUGUGUUGGUUUAGGAGCUGAAAUCACAAAAUAAUGUUAUUCAGAAUCAUGUAGAAUGUAUUAUUUAUGUGGACUGAUUGACUUUAUCUGUCAGAUUCUGACUUGUCAGGGAAGUUAAGUGGCUUCUUUUAGCAAAUGGGCAAUUCAAGGUCCUUUACACAUUGAUUUAAGGACACAGAAUGAGACGCUGGAUUCAUUUAGUUAAGUUUGAACCUUGUGUAAGGUAUGAUAACUCUGAUCUGCAGUAAAAAACAAAAUCUUUGGUUCGGUCUAAAUAUCCGACAGCUUGAUAUAAAUUGCUGUCCUGUUUCCCCUCCUGUCUGUGUUUGUGUGUUUGUGUGUGUUUGUAUAGAAACACUUGUAGCCAUUAGAAGUUUUAUUAUUUGCCUGCCUCGGUGCAGAGACCACCAUAUCAUAACAGUGGUUUUCUAUGAGGUUCACCUGGGUUCAGUCAAAAGCAUCAUUUGUGUAUCUGAUGCCAACUAAAAGAUGUCAGAAUAGCCAUCACAACAACGUGUUUCUCAUGCUCUUAUCUCUGUUUGUUUUACUUUGCAGCAUGUGAUUUUUCUAAAUGUCCAUGGCACCAGCCUACUAAAAAUCGACAGCUAUCCUUUCCCAGUUCCAUUCCCAAAAAAUUACCCAGGGGACACAGAGCCUGAAAUUUGCCUGGACUGAGGUCUUUUUUUGUGGAAAUAAGUCUACAGAUCAUCUGCUGAUGACCACAUCUGAAGGUGAGUUUGUACAUCUACUUGGGCUUUGGCUUAGUCGUGUAUCUCUGUGUUAUGACUGUAACUAUUCUGACUGAAAAUUAUCAUUAAUUCUUACACUUUACAACACUUAAGGCAUGUUAAUUUCAAAGACACAUGGUCUCCAUGGUAAGUGCAGCUAUAAAAUUAUGCCCAGCAAUAGAAAAAGAGAGGAUAGAAAAAAGGAUUAAAAAUUUUGAUAUUCAUAUUAAACACCAAAUUCAGUGUCUUAUUUUGUAAUUCAAGUCUGAAACAAAGUGCUGAUCUAAAGCAGUAGAUGUAGACAAGGUAACACUGAUUUCAGACAGAUCCAAAUUUGCCUUUUUUGUUGUUUCUGGUAUUUUUUUAAGGCUCAAAUGCUUCCAGAUACGUACAACACUCUGUAGAUGAUGUGACCUUGGAUCACCGCGUGAACACAGAGUGAUAGGCGAAUGUUGGCUGACCCAUUUCAGAGGGAACACUUUACCCUUAGCCUGAAGGAGGCUCAUGCAACUGUAUUUUCUGUGUAGAUGAAGGAUAUAGGUCCAUGUCAGUGAAGAAUUUUUAAUAUAAAGUUGAAAGCAGCAGGUUUUCAGUGUUAAACCACUGGGAUACACAGUUACAUGACGACAUAUAAUAGUUGGCAGAGGAAAGAUUAGGAACUCAGCAGGCAAGUAAUGCACAUUUAUCACUCGCAAUACUUCACAGUAGUCUGCUUAUUUUAAAAGUGAAUCCCUUACAGAAGGAAGGAGGUGACGUGAUGAUAACUGAUAGACAUUACUGUUUGUCUUGUAUAGUGAGUACAAUGAUUAAGUUCUCUAAGUAAUCUAAUAAAAUUCAAACAUGAAACAGUCUGUCUUUGAGCUCGGGUAGGAUUCUCUUUCCAUUUUCAUACUAUUCUCACUACCACCUACCCUUUAACAACGUGCUCUCUCAUCCAACAGUGCAGAUCUAACAGCAGGAGCAGCAGUAAUGAGUCACAGUGUAGCACUAAUGGAGCAUUUCAGAGGGUUUUUGCAGCGAGAUUGUGCUGCUGGCUUGUUAAGUGAUACUUCAUAGCUCUGCUGACUCGUGGAAUCAUUUUCUGUUUGUCUGCAAAAUAAUCUAUGCGCUGCAUACUCAGACCCAUCACUUCAGGCUUGGAGUAUGUUGUGCAUGAAUACACUUCUCUCUAUGUUGUAAAAGGUCCUGUCUGGAUGUUCAGUGUAUGUGUAAUGCAUAGUAAUAGAGAAAACUCUGGUUUAAUAUGAUAACAUGUAAUUAAGAGCUUAUAUUGCCAAACAAAUCAGGGAGUGGAGAGAACGAACGUUUAGGUUUUAAUUCCCUUUGACUGGAGCAUACGGGGUCAGAUGAGGUCCUUGGAGUUCAGAACUGAGUUUUCACAGAUGAGGGAAGAAUUUGAUGAAGAUGAUCACUUUUGUCAGUGUUCAUUUUUGUAUGUAAACAGUUGUGUAAACCUGAUCAUGUCCACAUGUAUAAAGGUACAGUGUGCAGUGAUAGGCAGCAUUUAGCAGAACAGACUUGUUGGAGAAGAAAUGAAAUAUUCAGGAUGUUCACAUUUUUAUCUCCUCAAUAUAAAACAACUCUAUAUUUGUAUAUGGUGUUUUUUUAUUAAUAAAAAUAAUACCAUAAAGAGUGCUUGGCCAUUUCAAUAAACGUGUAUUUAUUUUUUAAUUAAUCAGCUUGAAUUUAGCCCUGAAACUUAGCGAAGGAACAGAAUCGGAGGCAGAAAGAUGUUAUCACCUGAAAAACGGACUAGCCUAAAUUCCAAGAGAAAUUCCCUCCCCAUCCUACCUCAGUAGUGAAUCUGGUUGCUGCGGCAACAGCUUCUCCUUGGAUUACUGGACCUCCAUGGUCUUUCUGAUACUGCAUGGCCUGUUUGAGGGAUGGUGCAUCAUAGCAGCUGAUCAGUUUUUGUAAACAAAGAAUUAGCCUUUGACAGUGUGUCUAUAUUGGGGAAGGUCUUCUUUAGUGGAAGCCGCUAUCUUCCACUGCCAUGAAACAUAGUUGUAACACAGACAAGUGAGCAAGGGCCUUGUGCAUCUUUGUUUUUGGUAAGUCGUUGCCGAAAAUGCAUCGGUUGGAAGAUGAAACCAAAGAAGAGAGUGUUGUCGUUGUGGAGUAUGAAGAGUUGUAGUUAUCAUGCAGCACUGGAGCUUCUUGUCUUGAUGGGAGAGGUGAACAAGGGGGUGUUUCAGUCCAGAAUCUGACCGGUAGAUACUGCUGCAUUUUUCAAGUCUCAGCUCACUGUUGGCCUCGCAAAUAUGACAGUAAUGUGCAGUGUGUGAUACCUUAUCUCUUUAGACCUUCAGUACACAUCCGUAAAACCCCUACAAAAUAAAAACAAACAAACAAACAAAUGAAACUUACGACAAACAAGGAACAACAAUAAGGAUUGCAACCAGAAGAGGUAGAAUUCCUCUCUGAGCACAGAUGGACAAGAAAAAGGUGACUCAUUCAUAGGAAUGACAAAGACAGGAUUACUGUCUGUUGUUUGACUGUAUUCUGUUGUGGCAUAUUACUGGACUUACUGCAAGAAAAUCUUAUUGACUCACUGCCCAAGUAGUCAAGUGGGUAAUGAGAAUAAAAGGGUGUUUGUAAUACUCCGCCCCAAAGCAGUUAAGCUUAUGUCAUGUUUUAAUGUUUACAGUCAUGUGGCAUAAAGAGUCCUUAUGUAAUCGAUGUUUUAAAUGUGUUUUUCUCCUUCGUUUAGCUUCUCCUGACUUGUGAAUCAGUGGAGGAGAAGCAGGGCUGAUGGUAAGUGGCACUCUCUCUCACCCCUUCUCACUUACCUCACACGUUGGUAAAGUCAUAAGGCUUUAAUAUAAGCCGACACCUGAGAGCUAAAGACAUGGAUCUGGUCACAGUUCAGGAUUUUAGUCUUGUUAUAAAAUGAGACACAAAGUGGAACUGCUGUCAAUCACUAAAAAUCUUAAUCCUCUGAGAAGCAGACGACAACAACUGUCCAUUUAGAGUUUAAUUUUCUUUUUGUUAGUGAUGCUGAAGCUCUCAGAGUUCUGUUUGUUAUUUAUUUUGUGAUGAAUACUUUCUGGAAUAUAAUAAUUCACUAGUUGAGAACUCUUUUGUAUAAAUCUGCUGGAAUGCCCAGAAAUACAAUAAGGCAAAGAGAGAACAGAAGUUUUCUCAGGGUAACUGAUCUUCAACUAUUUCAGAAAGUGUUCUUAUACGUUGUUAAUUUUGUAAACUUUGUGUUUUUGUAUUGCUGGGUUGGCACUGUCCAAUAUGCAAUAAUCAGUUUAGCUUUAAUGGAUACGUACUGAUAUCUCUCAGCCUUUUGUCAAUCAUGAAUUGAUAUUCAGACAAAUUGAACAACAAACUUUUUCUGUUAGAAUGUCCAAAAAAAACCAGCAGCUAUCAUGUCUGUGUCAACCCAGUUUCUGUUGUUUGUUUUUAAUUCUGCCACUGCUUAUUAUGUUCAUCACCCACUGCUGCAUGUCAUAAUUCAUUUUAUUUUCCUUUUGUGGUAGACAAGCAUGACAUUGAGCCAAGCCACAGAUGCAUGCCCACUCAAAAGGCCCAACUGAGCGCCAACCCCUCUGCUCCCUGGCUCUCAACCAGUCUCUCAGAGGGGGGGUGUCGACGGGGCGUAGCUAGUCCCCUGCACCCCCAGUAGAGCCUCACUGUGAAACUGGAGGUCUCAGAUGGAUCAGGGUAGUAGUGAGCAGAGUCCAGAAGAGCCGGACGCGGGCGGGCGAGCGGAGCUGGAGGUCGGCAGGAGGGCGUCGGAGUCAGAGCAUGGCUUGUCCAAAAUCACCCAUAAUGCCCUGGAGAACAUGGGAGCGUUGGGCCAUGGCCUGAAGCACUUCUUCCAGCCACAGCGCCGACGCUCCUCAGUUUCCCCACAUGACUCCAUCUCUGCCUGCGUGGGCGCCCCUUCCUCCGAACCCACUGAAGUGGGGUCUGAGGUGGGGGACGCCCUUGCUGCCUCAGCCCUGCCCGUGGAUUCUGACAACUCUGCCACUUCUGCCCCUCCCGCAGCUCUGAGCAGAGUUCUACAGCAGAUCCGAGGCGCUCCACCCAUGAUGAAGCGAGGCACCAGCCUGCAGAGUCGCCGCAGCAAGGUGGGGGGUUCUGCGGAUGCUCCCCAGAAGGGGAGCCCGCAGAUCCACAGGCGCAGCACCCAUGAAGCCCUGCUUCAGGCUGGACGCCCGCGCUCUUCCUCGACCACAGACACACCAAGCAGCCCUGCCAUAGCUGAUAUGCUGCUGACCUCGGGUUACCACUCAACUGAAGAGCAAGACAAGGUUAGUGUCCCCGUCCUGUCAAAAAUGGAGGGGAAAUACCGUCAUCUAGCAACUGAAGACUCUUCACAGAGCAGGAAGAGAUUCAAGUCUUACUACAAGCGUUACUCGAGGAGAUUUGGGAGCUUUGGGAUGUAGGUCACUCAGGCAGUGGCUGAGUGUCAGUGAGUGAGGGCACACAAGGGAGGAGAACUGCUAUACUUUCUGGUCACUCUGUUCAGACUUAUCUUGCAUUUAAAACCAAGGACACAAAACCAGAGAUGAAAGGAAAUACUGUUAGUUUAAUCUAAAAACACACUAUUGUUAUAACCCUAAACCUGCAGUAAACCAUUGUGUUUAUAUAUACUGUAUAUAUGUAUGUGUUGUUGUUGUGUAAGUCUUCGAAUUGUUGUCUUUACAGAGGGUUCAGGUACUGUUUUCACUUUGUACUAAAAAUGUACAAAAUGGACUAAAAUUGGCGCAAACUGCUUCAUUUUCUGCUCAAAUCCAGUGUUUACAUUUUCAAAACUCAAAAACCUAUUUGCUCCAAAUAACCAUGAAACCCAAACACUGGCUUUUAAAAAACUCAUUUUUAUCAUUUUAAUUUCACACCAAUGAAGGUAAAUUUCUUCAAACCCAGACAACCUCUUCCUUCAGCAACUUAAAGCCUAAAAACAUGAACCUUUUUCUCGAUUGAAAUCUGCCUCUCAUUUUCCACAGUCUCUGACAAACACAAUAUUUUAGAUCACUUCAAUCUGUACAUUUAGAUUCCAAAUAAACUUUGCUCCGGUUAUAAAACAUUCAGAUUUUAAAGGUAUUAAAAAACACUGUGCCCUCGCAAAGAAGCAAACACAAGAAAAGUCCUGAUGAGACUUGAGCUAAUAUCUGUCCAAGAAUAUCAAAGCUAAGUGAAUGUGCAGACAUGAUAAACGGCUGUUAAUGGUGUUGGAUGUGCCUGGAUGAACCGGUGAAUGUGGAGAUGAGCCGUCAGCGGUUGAAGGUCAGAGUUUGCCUUUGACUGGUUGGUCACUAUGUGCUUUAAGCCUUUCUAAAUUUAGACCUCGCUGUCUCUGAGAGUACUUCAGGUCAAAGAAGGCUUGCAGGGCUAAACACUCUCAGACAGAAUGAUUGUUUUGUUUGACGGAAAUAUUUGAAAAAAGUUACUACAUCCUACAGAUGAAACAGUAAAAGCUUAUAAAGUAACAGAUUAUUUAAGGUAAUCGAUAAUAUACAUGUGAAACUGAGCUUUUCAGGAAUCUUACAAGUAUGUCUAAAACCUCUUAUGGUUACAAGAGCAGAGGAUACAUAAUAGUGUCAUGAAGUGGUGUACAAGGAAUCUGUGUCAUGGCAGAAAACCCUCUGGAAUGACAAUGAGACAGUAGUGAUCAUAAAUUAAUGGAUAAUACCAAACAGAUAAGACUCAAAUUAAUCAAACAGAUUCUGUGAGUUUGAAGGAUCGGAUCCUCGGCCCUCCUUUCAUGUUCAUCAUGAGGAACUGUUGUAUUUCUUGUUUAUAUUUGGCUUAGGUAAAACUACUCUCUUUGGAUGAGUAGUCGUGUCUUUGUGUCUUUGUGUCUUUGUGUCUUUGCCACCAUGCUUGGCAGUCCUUUCAACAAUAGAGGGUGAAAAAUAAAUAGUUCCUGCUGAAUUGAUGUUUGAUUUUUUUUUUGCACGAUAGAUGCAGUAAAGUUGAAAAUGUAUGUUGUAACUUUGUUGAGAAAAAACAGGAAAUUGUCCCAUCAACAUCUCUGUCUGAGCUCCUCUGUGAACUAGCAAGGCUGCAUGACAUCAUAUUUGACUUGACAGAUUUAUCAGGCUAAAUAUAAAACUUUGUUUCAACCCUGUUAUAAAAAUAAUUCUGUAUCAUGAUAAUCAGAUCUGGAAACAUUUACCUGACCAAAAACUCGAAGCACAUUCUCACCAAGAUAGGAUUGUUCAUUUAGUACUUUUAAUCAUAAUAAGCUGAAAUUCUUUCACUUUUUAAAUUGUAGCUGGUAGCUCUGGUAAUGAGGAUGAUUCAGUUUGUGUUGAUAACCCAUAAUUAAUAUUUUCUAGUCCUCAUAUUGCUCCAGUUUGAGCCUCAAUCCUCUGAUGACUGUUUAUGGCUUUAAGUCACUAGGCUUCCUGACUGAACUACCUCCUCAGGGUUCAAACUGAAAUCAAUGCCACAACUUCAGUUAAAUCCUCAGUUAAGCUGGACCAUUAUGAGGCUUUUGUUCCUCUUAACGCUCACUGUGGCCUUCCCCCUCUGGGACUCCUUGAGCUGGAGCCAUGAAGUGACUGUCACAAAGGAGAUGUGGUUUUACAGGCGCCAUCUGCUGUUGUAAAUAUGUAGUGACUAACUUAGUGUAGAUCCAGAAAAAACAGGUGUUAACUACAUUUGCAUUACACCCCCAAUGUAAGCACAACAAUGCAGAAUUGAUGACUUGUCUUACAGUAAUAGGAAACAGUGAUUUCAAUGCAUUGACAUGACAGACUUCUAAUGAUUCUUCAGAUUUCUUCUCAUUGUUAAUUGUCUUAUCUCUUUUGAACAGCUGGAUCGAUAUGAUGGAUCAGGCCCUGCUGUGUCGCCCAACGCCCUCCCAUACGGUGCAGAUGGAUAUGAUGUAGUUGACAGUACCCCAGACCCACAGCGAACAAAGCAGGCCAUUGCCCAGCUACAGCAAAAGAUCCUGAAGCUCACAGAACAAAUCAAAAUUGAACAAACUGCACGUGAUGACAAUGUGGCCGAGUACCUGAAACUGGCAAACAACGCAGACAAACAGCAGAGCGCACGCAUCAAACAAGUGUUUGAGAAGAAAAACCAAAAGUCGGCUCAGACUAUCCAGCAACUGCAGAGGAAGCUGGAGCAUUACCACCGGAAACUUCGAGAGGUGGAGCACAACGGCAUCCCUCGGCAGCCCAAAGAUGUUUUCAGAGACAUGCACCAGGGGCUUAAGGAUGUAGGAGCCAAGGUGUGUGUGUGUGUGUGUGUGUGUGUGUGUGUGUGUGUGUGUGUGUGUGUGUGUGUGUGUGUGUGUGUGUUUGUGUUCUUAGUGCCUCCAAUAUUCCCUUUGUUGCUCUCCCAGCAUUUCUUAAAGGGUUUUAAUCAGAAAAAGUUGGUGUUUUUUGGGUGACGGCGAGUUUUGACUCUUUUAUAGAGUCACUAUUUUAAGAGGUCAGAGCAUUUUUGUGUUCUCUGCCCCACUAUCAAUACUAAUAGAGUUGUGGUUUUGGUGCCCCUUUAACUUAUUACACAUUAAUACUUACCAAAUUAGACUUCAGUCAGUUGAUUUUCAGUAAUUUAUAUUGUAUGUGUUUCUGUAAAGCAGCUUUUUCUAAACUUAAGGUCAUAACCAAAUUAGUUCACCAGCCAGUAUUUAUUGGCCUCUCCGUUGGCAGAGUUAGAUAUCAAAUAAUUGGGUAAAUUAAUUUUCCAAGAUAAAAUAAAAUCCCAUUAAUUUCUGCCAUGCUGGUGUGCAUUGGAGAUGCUGAUUAAAAUACCGAGCAAUGGAGUUAAUUAAUCUUCCUAUUUCUAAUUGAGAGUUCUGCAUAUUGAUUGUCUGGAUCGCUGUCACUCAUAACCUCUCUGUAGGCCGACUGGUCCGCUGUUCAUUGAGGAAGUAGUGUUCAGAGGAGAGUUAAUCAAAAUGUAACCUAAUCAAUAAUUGAUUUACCAACAAAGACAUUCAUUUCACAGUUAAUCUGUUAUUUUCUGCUCAAAACGAACAGAGGGUAACAUUUACAUUAACAUUAAAACCUGUUGAAAAUAUAACAGUCUGCCCCUUCCUGCCUCAACCCCGUGAUCCAAGUUCAGUAAAAGAUAUAAACCUACCAUAUCCAUAAAGAUCCGCAGAUUACUUCAAUCCCGGAAGGGCUGUAUGCUCUUCCUUCUUCUACAAGCCAUCACACACUGAAGGAGAAGUGUUUGGAUCCCUCUGCUUCAUAAGGUUAACAACCUCACCAUAGAUGCUCCUGGUGACGGGAAUUCCAGCUUUUUAUAAUAAUGCAGGUCAUUCGCCCCAGGAAGGACCAUUUAGCUCCGAACAGCUUUUUUAACAGCUCCCUUUUGGCUCACAACAGCUGGCUCUUAGAAACACAAACUACUCCCCACCUUGGUGUAGGUGCUGUCUACAUGAACAUUUAUUUAAUCCGGGUCACUAUCUUUUUCUUUUGGAUCCCAUCCCACUUCAUAUCUAUACCAACAUAAUACAACUCACUUAAACCACACUCACCUAGUGCUACAGGAACUGAACCCAGUGUAGCUGUCCAAGUAUAAAUAAAUAAACAAGUUUUUGUUUUUAAUCUGACUUUGCAAUUGCUGCCAUUCUGCUGUACGCCUGUAUGUUUGUAAUGGUCAAACCAGAAAUCAUACAGCCUUGAUUCUCCAGAGUACUAACAACCUUCUCACCUCUUACAGGUGACAGGUGGCCUUUCCAGUUUCUCUCAAGCCACUCACUCUGCAGCUGGUGCAGUCGUGUCAAAGCCAAGAGAAAUCGCCUCUCUCAUUCGCAACAAGUUCGGCAGUGCGGACAACAUUGCAGCCCUGAAAGACUCUCUGGAUGAAUCCCAGGGAGAUGAAAGCGUGACUCCUGGGGGAACGAGAACCCUCGGAACAGGACAGCUCCAAUCCAGCCCAAAGUAUGGAAGUGAUGAUGACUGUUCUAGUGCAACAUCUGGCUCUGCGGGAGCCAACAGCACCACCGGAGCCCCUGGAGGUCCCCCAAGCUCUAAGGGCAACACCUUAGAACACGGCCAGGCCUCCGGCUUUGAUGCUAUACUUCAUGAGAUUCAGGAGCUCCGGGAAAACCAGGGUAGAUUGGAGGAGUCCUUUGAAAAUUUAAAAACCCACUAUCAGAGAGACUAUACCAUGAUCAUGGAGGCUCUGCAGGAGGAGCGGUACAGGUAUCCUCUAAUGACCUGGGCACAGACCGUCCAUAUGAGUAGAUGAAACUAAAAUAUCUCCUGUAUGAUAUGCUGUUUUUUUUCUGUUUUCCAGGUGUGAACGUUUAGAAGAACAGCUCAAUGACUUGACAGAACUGCACCAGAAUGAGAUACUGAACUUGAAACAGGAACUAGCCAGUAUGGAGGAGAAGAUUGCUUAUCAGUCUUAUGAGAGAGCGAGAGACAUUCAAGUAAGAGGCAUAACAAAAAAAUGUGUUUUGACUUUGUCUGCUGAGUUUCGUCACUAACUACACUAACACUCUUGUCCCUGACCCGUAGGAGGCACUGGAGGCAUGUCAAACACGCAUCUCCAAGAUGGAGCUGCAGCAGCAGCAACAGCAGGUGGUGCAGCUUGAAGGUUUGGAGAAUGCCACAGCAAGGACUCUACUUGGAAAACUAAUCAAUGUGCUGCUAGCUGUCAUGGCAGUCCUCUUAGUGUUUGUGUCCACAGUGGCCAACUGUGUCGUCCCGUUGAUGAAAACACGCAGCCGCACGCUUUCUACACUUCUUCUUGUAAUCCUCUUGGCCUUCCUCUGGAGGCACUGGGAGGCCGUUUCGGAAUAUCUCCAUCGCUUUCUCUUGCACCCCAGAUGACCGACUUUGAAACGCUUAUUUAAACAUUCACAGAACAGAGGGGCGGGGUUGUCAUUUAAAACGAGGACACUGACCCGUUCGGGAAAUUGAAUCUCAAUGGUCCUAUCUUUCCUUCUUCUCAAAACACUCAGGGGGGUUACAUCAGAGGUUCGUCACUUUAUUACUUCCUGAAAGAUGUUAUGAGAAGAAUAUUAUGGAAAGGGUGAAGAUAAAAACGCUGGAUGUUUGGUAUCCACUCGCUGUCUUUGGUGCAUUUGUGGCACAAGCACAUACUGUAAGGAUGAAUGGGGCAUAUUUGAAGGAGGGGCGGAGAGAACUGCACACUUGAUUUCUCUCUUCUGAGUGAAUUUGUUUACAUGUGGAAAACUUUUGCAUUGUUUCGCCACUGAAGAAAUUGUAAUUCAGAGUUUUAUUACUUUUGAGCUGAAUCAAGUGGUAUUGUUUUGAAGUCACUGCUAUUUUUAACACAACUGAUUUUUUAACUUUCUUUUAACUGCAAUGAGCCGACAGUGUUCUGCUGAUUUAGUUGUCUAUGUUUCUCUUUUCUAAGUUCUCUCUCUUCUGGUCUUGCCAUUGGAAUAUUUCAGUCUGCUCUUUCGUUCUUUUUAAUUCAGUCUUUUGAAAUUUCAGCUUGUGUGACCAACUCCUCCUCUUCCUCUUUGCUACAUCUGAAUCUGAAGAAUGGGGGUGCAGCUACUUUGCUCUGAAAUCAGACUUGUCACUGGAUCAAAUAACAGUGGGUUCUUGACUUGUGUCUUUUGGAUGUGUGGAGUCUAUAACACUGGUUCUGCCACAACCAGGAUAAUACUAUCAAGUACUUAACUUUGGAUUUGCAACCCUGCCCUCUGGGCCAGCCGGGUCUUGCUAUCCUGAUGGGUUUCCCAUUGCAGAAGAAUAAUCUAUGAACUGUUGAACAUACUUGAAGAGCGGAAAUGUGCUCAAAGACUCAGUGCUUCCGUACUGUUUCUAUUAGUGACAAUGACAUAGUAAUACUUUUUAGUUGAUUUUUUUUAUUUUUUAAAGACAAAUAAAUUUGCUGUUUUGAAAGAUGAAAA